AUGGCGGACGAGGAUGCUCUCUUCGCCGAGUUCAUGGGGGAGAUCAAGAGCACGGUCGUGGCAGCAGAGACCAAAGGUGCAGCUGAUGCUGGGGAGGAGGAUGAUGGUGCUGCUUCUGAUGCGGCUUCGGUGGGGGAUGUCAAAGCAGACGACGCCGAGGGAGGAGGAGAAGGGAGGAACCACGCCGAUACCACCAAGCGAAGAGGAGAGACCGAGGCGUCCCCUUCCCCCGCCCCCAAAAAGCCUAGAUUCAUGGGAAAGCUUGUCGCGGCCGCCCGCCCCGUGAAGGCCGGAGCGGUGGCUGCAGCGUCAACAGCUAGGGCCACGGGUUCCGGGCCGAAAGCGAGGACCGGCGACAAAGGCACAGCGGCAGCGAAGAAGGACCCUGACGGGAGCGGCGCUGAUGCUGGGACGGGCGGCGGGGCGAACGGUGGCAAUAAGAAGACAACGAACGGGAAAAAAACAACAACGCCGCCACCGCCAGACUCUUCGGGGAAGGGCGGCAAGGGAGAGACAACCAAGACCGGAGGGGGGGGCAAGGGCAAAAAGGGUGUAAAAAACGGGAGCGGGACGGCGAGAGGAGGGGCGGGUGGGGCAAGCGAAGGGACCUCAGCAGACGGGGGAGACGCGAAUGGGGCCGGUUCGAAAGACGACGAAGAAAUGGUCGGUUUCGGGGGGUCCGGAGGGGUGGCGAAACAGCAAGCUGGCAUGGACAUGCACAACAACCCAUCCCAGAUGGGGGGAGGGGGCCCUGGCACGAUGCCGGGCAACAACAACGGGAUGCAUAUGGGGGCCCCGCCGCCGGGGAUGAGGGGUAAUAUGGGCAUGAUGGGGGCUGGAAGUGGAAUGGCUGGUUUCGGGGGGGGUGGUGGGUAUGGCAUGCCACCGCCUGGAAUGGGGAUGAACAUGGGGAUGCCGCCGGGAAUGAAUAUGGGGAUGCCUCCCGGGAUGAACAUGGGAAUGCCUCCUAGGAUGGGAGGGCCAGGACCCUACCCUGACGGCAGCAUGGGGUACGGCUACGGUGGCCCAAUGAACGGGAUGAUGCCAGGGGGGCCCGGACCUGGUAUGGGGGGUUCGGCGGCUGGGAGCGGGGUAGAGGGGGGGGCGGCCGCGGCGGCCGCGGCCGGUGGAAAAGACAAGGUUGCCAAGGCGAAAGCGGAGUCGUCCAACAAGUUUAAGAGGGUGGCAGGGGGGAAGAGCUGGGAGGAUGAGACCCUGGCCGAGUGGCCCGAAAACGACUACCGGCUUUUCGUGGGAGAUCUCGGGAAUGAGGUCACCGACGACAACCUGGCGGGGGCUUUCCGCAAGUACACUUCUUUCGCGAAGGCGAAGAUCAUCCGUGAGAAGUGGAACAAGAAGUCGAAAGGCUACGGCUUCGUCAGCUUCUUGGACGGUAUGGAUAUGCUCAAGGCCUUGCGAGAACAACAAGGAAAAUACCUGGGCAACAGACCAAUGAAGAUCAGCAAGAGCACGUGGAAAGAACGGGAUGUCAAAGAGCUUCCGGUUUGGAGCUCUUUGGCGGUGAGAAGAAAGCUGGCCCCGGUUCCCAGUGGCCAGAGUUUAUCAAACGAAACAAAGUAUGCAUAG